AAAAGGAACCGAAUAAUUCCCCCUCUUCUCAUUCGCCGCUUCCCCUUUCACCUUCGCCGAAUUAUUCGCGCACAAACAUCGGCCGAAUCAAAUCGAUUUUUACCCCAAAUUUCCCCUUUCUCGCUCCUCGAACCCUAACCCUAGCUCAGAGCAACAGUUUCCUCUUGGAUUCUAAGUAAAGGAAAGGUUGUAUCUAAGAGGAGGAGUAGGGAUAAGCAUCAAUCUAUACUGGAGUUUUGGAUUAAAAGAAUAGUCUUCAAUCAUGUAUAAGAAUUCUGAUCCUGUAAGAGAGCAUGCAGUUUGGAGGGAGGGGGAGCUACAAAAUCUCUAUUGCAAGUAUUGUAACCAUCAUAUAACAGCAGGUGUAACACGACUAAAGUAUCACUUAGCCUGUACCCGGAAAGGGGUGAAGAAAUGUGAAAAAGUUUCGGAAGCAGUUAAGAAGUCUUGCUUCAAUAUUCUCAAGGAAAUGGAGCGAAAGAAAGAGAAGAAAGCUGCAUUGGUUAAGUCAAUUGGUAGGAUGGAAGAUCAGAGAAAUAAAGAGUUUUUAAGCCUAGGCAUGAAAAGCAAACCUGAGGGUAGUAGCCAACAAUCUCGUGCAUAUAGUCCAUUGGAUCAACUUGUUAACAUUCAAGCUAAACAAGCAGAGAACAUGUCCGAAAAAGAACAAAGAGAAGUUGUGUUGAAAAAGAUUGCCCGUUGCAUAUAUGCUAAUGGGCUAUCAAUUCAAUAUCUUCAACAAUUCAUAUUGGAGAGAAAUGAUAGAGGAGGUCAGAAAGUUUGGGGCGGGACUUAAGCAACCUUCUUCUUAUGAGAUAAGGACACGAGUUUUAAAAAACGAGGUAGAAGAAAUAGAUGUCAUUAAGGCAACCCAUAUGGUGGCUUGGGAAACAUAUGGGUGCACUCUUGUGGUGGACAGAUGGUCAAAUAGAAAGGACAAGAGUGUGAUUAAUUUUUUUGUUAAUUCGCCAGAGGAGAACUUCUAUAAGUCUAUUGAUGCAUCAACGUCUAUUAAGAGCGAUGACUAUUUAUUUCUGUGUCUUGAUAGUAUGGUGGAGGAGAUUGGUGAGAAAAAUGUGCUCAAGUCCUCACUGAUAACCACUCAUCUUAUGUGAACGCCGGGAGAAAGCUUAUGGACGUGAGAAAGUCACUAUAUUGGACACCUUGUGCAACACAUUGUAUAGAAUUCAUGUUAGAGGACAUCAGGAAGAUGAAAAUAUACCGUGAGACUCUUGGAGAGGCAAAAAAGGUCACACGGUUCAUUUAUAACAACUGUUGGGUGUUGAGUCUUAUGAGGAAGUAUACAGUUGGGAAGGAGCUACCAAUACCUGCUGUAACUUGUUUCGCUACUUCUUUUCUGACAUUACGGAGAUUCUAUUCAUUAAAGCAACGUUUGAGGAAACAUGUUCUCUUCUAAAGAGUUUCUUAAAAGUAAUUGGACAAAGAAGCCGAAUGGAGUGAAGGCAAAGGAGACAGUUCUUUACUCCAAAGUGUUUUGGGGACGCGUGAUGUUUUGUUUCACUACUACACUUCCGAUAGUUUAUGUCCUCGAUGAACUAGAUUCAGAUGUGAAGCCCACCAUGCCAUUUUUGUAUGAGACGAUAGAUAGUGCAAAAGAGAAGAUUGCAGAGUCUUGCGGUGGGAUAAAGAUGAGAUAUAUGCCUUAUUGGAAUUUGGUUGAUAAGAGAUGGUCCGGGAUGUUGUAUCGACCUACCCAUGAUGUUGCUUACUACCUUAAUCCCAAAUACUUUUAUGGGAAGAAUCUUAGCAAGCAUUUGAAGGUGAAGAAAGGACUUUACGAGUGCAUGGCUCGCAUGAUCCCGGACAUCAACAUGAGAGCACAGGCUGAUGUGGGGUUGGAUUCUUACAAGGAGGGGAUUGGAGAGUUUGGGUCUGAGUCAGCUCAGAGGACUAUUGCUUUUCGUAGUCCAAGUUUUGGUUUCAACAAUUUUUAAUUUGAUAUGUAAUGUACAAUUUUGAUGUUCUGUUAUGUUAAUCUUCGAUAUCUAAAUGUGUAGCUUCUUGUUGGGAGAGAUUUGGUGAGGACACUCCCAAACUACAACGAUUUGUUGUUCGUGUUCUCUCCCUUACUACUAGUGGAUCCAGAUGUAAGCACAACUGGAGCAAGUUUGAGCAACUCCACUCAAAUAAGAGAUGUCGUCUAGAGAAGAAACGUCUUAACUCUCUUGUUUAUGUCAUGCACAACAUUAAAUUGAGAGAGAGAAAUAUGCGAAGGAAGGCGGGAAUGAUGAAUCCGAUUUCUUUGGAGGUAACUUCAGACAAUGAGUCGAUAGUAGAGGAUGAAGAACCUUGUUCUCAAGAUGAUCCGAAUUGGCCAGAUGGUGAUGAUGGAGAUAGGGAGUAUCUUGAUGUUGCUGCCAUUAAUAAUAUAGUAAGAAAAAAUGCCUCGGAAUAAAGAUGUUCUCUGGGAACAUAUUGUACAAGAUGGUCGGAAGGUUAGGUGCAAGUUCUGCCAUGAAGUUUUUGUUGGCGGGGUAACAAGGAUGAGGUAUCAUUUUGCAAAUACUUGCUCGAAGGAUAUCCGCCCUUGCAAAGCUGUUCCAGCCUCAGUCCGUGAUGCUGCAUUAAAAGGUGUAGAAGAACUGGAGAUGAAGAGUAAGAAGCGCAAAAAUAUGAGAUUCUCUCAGUCAGGUGAUAGUGCUUUGGGGUCCAUUCUUCAAUGCGGUGAUGCCCAUAAUAAUGAAUCGCAGGUAAUCAAGCCCAAGUCAAAAUCCAUCCAUUUAUCAACAAGGAUGCCAGCAAAGAAAGAAGCUGACAUGGCAAUUGUUAAGUAUAUUGUGAAUAGUAACUUACCAUUUGACAUAUUAAGUAAUUCAGAUUUUCGGGAAGCCUGCAUUGCAGUUGCAAAUGCUGGGCCAGGUUAUGAGCCUCCAAGCAGUGAAAACACUUGCAGAAAAUUGUUAACAGAGUUGAUGGAUGAAGCUGAUAAGUAUGUUCAUGCUGUUGAACGCAUAUGGGAAAAAUCUGGUUGCACGUUGAUGUUAAAUUCAUGGAUAGAAGGAAGGGAUACAUCAUACUUGCACAUAUUUGCAGCUUCUGCAAAAGGUGUUGUGUAUUUGAAGUCUUUGUGCAUGGUUGGGCGCUUGAUGGAUGAUCAGUAUGUGUUUGAUUUUAUAUCAUCGGUUAUUGAUGAAAUUGGAUCUCAAAAUGUGGUACAAUUUAUAUCACAUUCUCAACAUUACAAAUCUAUAGGUCACAUGAUUGAAGGGAAAUAUCCUAACAUUUUCAUUGUUAAUUGUGCAACACAUAUUAUCAUUCUUAUGUUGAAGGACUUCGAAGCUCUUCAACAUGUCUCUCCUAUUCUAGAGACUGCUAAACGGAUCAUACAUUUUGUGUAUAAGCAUCAACAUGUAUUAAACUUGAUGAGAACCCAUACAAACGGCUCUCUCUUGAGAAGGCCAGCAGCAACUAGGCUUUGGAUGAACUUCAUUUAUUUGCAGUCACUUCUAAAAUUAGAGCAUGCUUUACGUCAUAUUAUUGGUACAAUAGAAUGGAGAGACUCGAUGCCAUGUAAAAGUGCAGAAGGUAUAGAAGUGCAAAACAUGAUCGAGGAUGCUUCAUUUUGGGAUUGUGCCAAAGAGUUGAUGUAUGCUGUCGAACCUCUUAUUAAGACAUUGAGGGUUGUUGACCGUGGAGGAUCCACCUCAGGAUACAUUUAUGACGCCAUACGCAAGGCUAAAGAAACUAUAAAAGAAAUUUAUGGAAAUGAGUCUAAAUAUAUGAACUUCUGGAAAAUUAUUGAUGAUAAAUGGAACAACUUCUUGUAUUCAGAUAUACAUGCAGCAGCAGCCUAUUUGAACCCUCAUUUGUUUCACGAUGGACGAGUGAAGUUGGAUUCUGGUGUCAGAAUCGGGCUGGAAAAGGUUAUCCAAAAAAUGGUGUCUAAUAAUGAAGAAAGGAUGAAGAUUGCAGAAGAGCUUAGAGAUUAUCAUUCCUUGGAUCCACGCAUCUUUGGACUUAUGGCUGUUGAUUCUCUUCAUGUAUCUCAUCCAAGAAUUUGGUGGGACAUGUGGGGCAGUUCAGUUCCUGUUCUACAAAAUUUAGCAAUCAAGGUUCUGAGCCAACCAUGUAGUUUCUUGACAGCAGAGAAAAAUUGGACUGCUCCAGGAGCUACUAAGAUGAGCAUGAGGGACCACUUAGAGUCCACAAGAUUGCAAGACUUGCUUUACGUGAGGAUGAAUAUACACCUAAUGAAGACCACUGCGAAGAUGGAGAAAAUUGACCUGAAGCCAAUUGAUGUUGAUAAAAUCGAGAUAUCUCCAGAUGAGCUAGAAGAAAUUGGCGACCUUGAGUAUGAGAACGAGGAAGAAGCUGAUGAAAGUGAAAAUGAAGCUGGUAACCUGUCAGAUACUAAUGGUUUCUCUUUUUCAGGAAUUGUUUGAUUUCAGAUGCAUCUUUCUGUACUUUGCAGGGUCCCCCCCCCUAACUUUAGUAAGUUGAACCUUAUCUGAUAAUUAGAUAAUUUUCAGUGAAUCAUAAUAUAUUCAAUCUCUGUGACUCUUGUUGUGUGCUCUGCCUCACUUAGAAUCUCAGCCCAAGAAGUUGUUAAGCUUCUUACCAAGGUAACCAAUGACCUCUCAUUCUACGAGAAGCCCAGUUGAUUCAAAUGUUUUUAUUUGAAAUAUUGGUGAAUAAUGCAUUCUCAAUGUACUGUUAGUUUGUUUAACUCACCUCGAGUGACCCGGACGGUUGGGAGGUUCCAAUAUGGCUCCCUCUUGGGUUUGAUUCCAAAAAAAUUUGUUUACUUAUGUUUUCCUCCUUUAGAAGUUGAUUAUUUCAAAAUUUUGAAUGGGUUACAUUGUAAAGACUUUUGCUUUUGUUUAGAAAAUCUUUUGUUGAUUCGCAUAUUAAGUUGAUUCAUAUGAUCCAGUACCUUUUUCCAUUUGAUUAUUACCCAGUGUUUUAAAUGUCGGCCGACAUGUC